AUGGCAGGCAAAGGAAGUAACACAGACUGCAUGUCAUGCAGUGUACUGAACUGGGAGCAGGUCUGCCGUCUGCAUGAGGUUCUUACAGAGGUGGUUCCGAUCCAUGGACGAGGUAACUUCCCGACGCUAAAGAUAACUCUGAAGGACAUAGUUCAGACUGUCCGAAGUAGGCUGAGUGAAGCAGGCAUUGUGGUACAUGACGUCCGUCUGAAUGGCUCUGCAGCUGGUCAUGUGCUGGUCAAGGAUAAUGGGCUGGGAUGCAAAGACCUGGAUCUCAUCUUUCAAGUUUCUCUUCCAAGUGAGGCAGAGUUUCAGUUGGUUCGAGAUGUGGUGUUGCGAUCCCUCUUGAAUUUCUUGCCAGAAGGAGUCAGCAAGCUGAAAAUCAGUCCAGUAACACUGAAGGAAGCCUACAUCCAGAAGCUAGUCAAAGUGUACACAGAAUCUGACCGUUGGAGCUUGAUAUCACUUUCCAACAAACAUGGCAGGAAUGUGGAGCUGAAGUUUGUGGACUGUAUACGUCGACAGUUUGAGUUCAGUGUGGACUCCUUCCAAAUCAUACUGGACUCCCUGCUGUUUUACUAUGACUACUCGGAAACCCCCAUGUCGGAGCACUUCCAUCCAACUGUGAUUGGGGAGAGCAUGUAUGGAGACUUUGAAGCGGCUUUUGAUCACCUCCAGAACAAGCUGAUAGCUACCAAAAAUCCUGAAGAGAUCAGAGGUGGUGGGCUUCUGAAGUAUAGUAACCUUUUAGUACGAGACUUCAGGCCCAUGGAUAAGGAUGAGAUCAAAACAUUAGAGCGCUACAUGUGCUCCAGAUUCUUCAUAGACUUCCCAGACAUCCUGGAUCAGCAGCGCAAACUAGAGACCUACCUUCAGAACCACUUCUCCAAAGAAGAGAGGAGCAAAUACGACUACCUCAUGAUUCUGCGCAGGGUGGUGAAUGAGAGCACGGUCUGUCUCAUGGGACAUGAGCGAAGGCAGACUCUCAACUUGAUUUCUCUGCUAGCGCUCAAAGUACUGGCAGAACAAAACAUCAUCCCUAAUGCCACUAAUGUUACCUGUUACUACCAGCCAGCACCUUAUGUUAGUGAUGUAAACUUCAGCAACUACUAUCUUGCAAAUGCUCCUGUGCCGUACAGCCAGUCCUACCCCACUUGGUUGCCUUGCAAUUGA